ACAAAUUUCAAAAUGGCAGACGCUUACGAAGGAGUCAGUCGUGGUACUUUGAAGCUAAAAGGAGUUACAGAUGGAGGUGUUAAGAAAAAGAAAAAGAAGAACAAGGCAAAGAAGGCGCUUGAAGAUAUAUCUCAGAGUACCUCUAAAGGAAAAAUUGAUCGAAGUGAAGAGGAUCACGAAGAGGAAACGGUGGAUACACGGACACCAGCCGAAAUGGCUUAUGAUAAAAUCAAAGAGAAAAGAGCAGCAGAGAGGAUUUUGAAGAAGGCAGAGAAAACCCACAAACAAAGAGUUGAGAAAUUUAAUGAUUAUCUUGAUGGUCUCUCAGAACAUUAUGACAUACCAAAAGUCAGCUGGACUAAAUGAUCUUCCCAUCAUUUUGAUAACAUUAAUCAGUCGCUCACUGGAGAGAAAGCAAUAAAACUGUUCCUUUUCACAGUGGAUUUUGCAAGGAAAAACAUACUGUACAUAAGAUUUAUCAUUAAAGUGAUAUACCACUAAUAGUCCUGAAUUGCAAGGGUCUCACCAGAGAGCAUUAGGUAACAUUAGAACAGGAGAUGUUUUGCAACAUCACAGUGAUUGAUUCAUUUCAGUAGAAGUGGGUAAAGAGAGGGGGACCCCUUCCAGCCCACUUGCCUACUGCCGUCCCCAUGAAUAGUAAGAAAGGAUGCUCUCCUACCCCUACUCUGCUAUAGAAACCUAAAGAAGACAGCAAGUAGUUGAGACUCACUUGCUGUUAGUAAAUAUGCACACACUUUAGGCUUUGAAUUAAUCAACAACUGCACAUGUGCUUGUAAAAUCCCAUUUUUACUCUGACAGUUGUAUCGCCUUUGAUAACUUGGUAACUUUGAUAACACAAGAAGGCCAAACUAAAUGAGGAAAGUAAGUGUACAAUCACACUUAAACUGAUUUUAAUCAAAGAUAACUCAAACACAUAUAACUAUUUAUUUAUUUACACACAAAAUAUUCUUAUACUUCAUUUAGCUUACACAAAAUCAGUAUUGUUACAACAGUGUUUCAGGUGGCAUCUCCUGUGUAACCAAACAUGCUUACAGAAUACCUUUGCUUUGCAUCCUUUACAGCUGUUCUUUGGGUUUUCUUUCUAAGUGUUCAGUUACUCCUGAUAGAGCAGCUGUACAAAGGACUAGCAUUUGCAUGGUUAAAUGUCAUCCUGUUAAUGAAUUAUAGAUGUUUUGACUUAAUGUUUCCAAAUAAUAUUGGAAUGUUAGGAUGGAGGAAAUCCUGAUGUGAACAGAGCACAGCUGUAGAGAGGGGGUGGGGUAAAUUUAUUUUGAACCUUUUUGCUUUCCCAAGGUUUUCAUUCUUACAACAACCUCAAUAGAAAACUGUCUCAUUUGUCCCAGACUUCUUGGUCUUGCCAAUUCAAAAUGAUGGCUACAACACUAUAUCAGAAUAUUUAGCACCUGCUUGCUGGAAAGUAUACCUGCUAUAAAUACUGAAAGGGUUUGAGGUAACAUGAAACUAUCAAAACUAACAUGCUGCUUACUUUGCUCAAAUUUGAUAACUGAAUAAAGCUGUAUGUUUUCUUAAGUCUUUAUAAAAAUUGUUUGUAAUUAAAAAAGAACAUGAUAAUAAUUAGAAAAAAAUACAUUGACAAAAGAAUUGCAAUGAGUUUUUUGUAACAAGUAUAUUGUAGUUUAAGGUCUGUAUUGUUUUAAAGUCAGCUCUUCCAACAUGUCAUUAAUAGAUACCUCAACUUUCAUCUGAGUAACAAGAUUUCUAAGUCUACCCAGAACACCACUUGGAGGCUCACAGCGCUCAAAUUUGACAUUUCUGCCAAACCUUGCCUGACAAACAGCUCUUAAAUCAGAACAGGUAUUAUCAGCUAAACCGAAUGAGACAGCAUC